UUUGCGUUGCUUUGCUGCAUUGCAAGAUGAGGCUGGUUUCUGAAACAUUUCUGUUGUUGCACACUUCAACAUGCAACAACUGAUGAUAAUACAGGGAAUUCUGGAAUAGCAAAUCUGCUGACAGCAGCAUGGACAACAAAAAGAAGUUGCCUCAUUUGGUCAGGGUUGAAUACCCAUCUGAAAGGUCUCAUAAGAAGAAACACGGAUCACAAGUUGAGCAGGAGCAAAUUCAGAAGAGAACCUUCACCAACUGGAUCAAUGCCCAGCUGUCUAAGAGGUGUCCUCCAGUUACUGUGGUGGAUCUUUUCAAUGAAUUCAGAGAUGGAAGCAGACUUUUGGACCUGCUGGAGGUGUCGAGUGGUCAGAGAAUGAGCCGGGAAAAAGGAAGGGGGACAUUUCAGCACAGAACAAACAUUGAAAAAGGUCUAGCGUUCCUUAAGAGGAAAUCGAUCAAACUGGUCAACAUCAAUGUCUCAGACAUUAUGGACGGGAAACCUUCCAUCAUUCUGGGUCUCGUCUGGACCAUCAUCAUGCACAUUCAUAUCGAAGAGUUGGCCAGCACAUUGAACUUUAGUUCUCGUCAGUCGUCUCUGGAGUCACUGGCGAGUUUGGACACUCGUUCGACCAGCAGCAGUGCCCGCAGCAGUCCAGUGCCACCCCGUGGUUCACCCCUGCACACCCGUUUCCGCGUAUCUGCCAAGAAAGCCCUGCUGCUGUGGGUCAGAGAGCAGUGCCAGAGGGCUGGUUGUACUCUGAAUGUGAAGGAUUUUAAGGCGAGCUGGAGGAGUGGUGUAGUGUUUUUGGCGAUACUUCAUGCUCUAAGACCGAAUAUAGUGGACAUAACCAGAGCCCGAACAAGAACGAACAGACAGAACCUGGAGGAAGCCUUCCACAUUGCUGAAAGAGAACUUCACAUCCCCAGACUACUAGAUCCAGCCGAUGUUGAUGUUAGGGAUCCUGAUGAAAAAUCUAUUAUGACUUAUGUUGCUCAGUUCCUGCAGUACUCUAAAGAUACUUCUGUUUCUGAUGAGGAAAUGCAGUAUCUCACUCCUCCUCAGCACCUCUCUCCUGUCAAUCUGCCAUCAGACUUUACUCCUUCUAUAGCUGCGUCACCUUUAAGACAGACCUCAGCCAAUCAGAAGGCUCAGGAGGUCACAUGCUGGUUGGAUCAGGCCUAUCAGGAGCUGAUAGAGGGGUGGGACUCCACUGAAGGAGAGAGCUAUGCUGAGAGAUACCAAGUCUUCCACACCUUCAUUGUGUCCUUUAACGAACAGCGGCGGCCUGUAAUGCCGUUACUAACCGCGAUGAAGAGGACUCCUCAUCUCAGUGCAGAGCAGAAAGCUCUCAGACGAGCAUGGGAUGCUCUCGCUGAGAAGCUGCGUGAGUAUAAAACAGAGCUAGACCUGAGUCUCCCACCCCCACUGGACACCGUAGGGCGCUGGUUAUUGCGUAUUGAAGAGGUUUUAUCUGCUGAAGAAGGUGAGCCAAUAGAUCAUGCCCGAGCCGCAGAGGAGGCCCGGGAGAAACUCGAGCUACUAAAGGUGUGUUUGGAGGAGAUGCCACAUCAUAUCAAGAGGUUUAAUAUGUUUCAAAACACAAAUGAGUUUGGAGAGACUCUGGUUCCGACAGACAAGAUGGAAGAGAUGAAGAGAAGGUUCACCGGAGUCCGUGUAACAGCUAAAUAUCAUGGUAUUAAGCUGGAGUACCAUGAGUGCAGACACACAGUGUUAGACCUGCUGAAUCAACUCAACAUUAAACUGCGAUCUUGGAAAAGAGCCUACAUUUCCCAGGAGGCUGUUCGUGUGCUAAUGCAGGACUGGAAUGAGACUGUGAACAAACAGGAACUGACUUCUUUGCUGGAUGGAGCCCUCCAUAGACUCAAACUAAUCGCCAACAAAUACACCAGCAAGGCUGCCUUGGCUGGAGACUUGACUCAGGUAAAUCAUCAGGUGGCUGAUAUGGAAGCAGAUGUGACAGUGACUCUGGAGGGUGUACGGAUGGUGAGGGGUACUAUGGGCCGUGUUUUGGCAGCAUGGGACUCUUACAGUGAUAUCUACACCUCAUUGCGCGCAUGGCUGGAGCAGGGUCCACAUGGCCAGCGACACAGGCAGAGAACAGAGGUGACAUUAUCAGUAAUGUCAGAGUGGAGUUCUCGCCAAGCUCACCUGAAUGAGGUGGCCAACUACUUGACAGAGGUCACAGACCCACAGUCUAGCCGCACUAUUUCAGAUGAACUCUGCAAGAUAAAUCUGCUCUGGGCUGACUUUGCCAAAACAGCCCAAUUUUCUUUAGUUGAGGAGCCCAGUGCUGGCCCAUCUAGUGCUCAGACAGUUCAGUCUCUGAUAAGGGAGGCCACUCAGUUACUGAAAGAACCUGUGGAGGUGGUUUCUGGAUCACUACGUACUUACACAAAGAGACUACAGCUUAUCAUGACGAAAAUAAAGGAUGUGGAUCUAGAAGCCCUCUCGCCAUCUCUAGACUGCUCUCCAGAAACCCUGAGCAAACUUCAGCAAGCUAUACCUGAAGUCUUGCAGACACUGUGUGAGGCAGAGCAGGUGUGUGAUGAGCUGCGCGUGAGUGUGAGCGGGUUGGAUGGGCGUCUUGCUGAACUGUUACACUGGGAGAUGGAAGCCAGAGAGUUGUAUCAGCUCCUGAAGGAGGAAACACACAGGAAGAGAAGAGGGCAAGACCCCAGAGCACGGCUGUUGAUUUCAAGGGGUCUACAGUUAGAGGGUCAGGUGGUUAUGGAGGAGCAGGAUCUGCAGGUGAUGGUCAUGAAUAGUCAAAAGACUUCACCACUGCAGUAUCUCAUCGUAUCCACCAUGCAGGACAGAGUCCGCACUGCUGUUGAAAAGUCACAGGAAGCCAUAGGGAUGCUCAGCUCUUUAGGGGCUUGCAGAGACAGAAGCCCUGUUAGAGACCAGCCCCCUUCCAAGAUCUUUGUACAGUAUCAUGAGAUAGAGGAAGAGUCCCAAACCCAAAAAGCCUCCUUCCAGCCUAUCUCUCCAUCAGGAGCCUCUGGCCAAACAGAACCUCAGCCUGCAGUCAGGGCCAAAGUCCCAAAAUAUUCUCAAAUACCGUCAGAGGUAUCUUCUCAAGUUGUAGACCUGAAGACCCAGCCUUGUAGUCAGACUGUGCCUAUGAUUGUUGUACAAGACUAUGAAGCAGAGAAAAGUAGUCCAGAAUCACAAAUGCACCCCUGUAUGCAAGUGAAAGACUCUCAGUCCAUUAAAGUUAAGUCACAGAAAGUCCAUGCUCAAACAAAAAUUGACAUAGAGCAUCGUGUAGAAAGCCAGGUAUCUUUACCACAACCUGUGACACAACAACAGACAGAAAACCAGGGGCAGGUGCAAGGUCCAGUAGCUAGCCAACCCUCACAGAACCUACAACAAGCAGAAUCACAAGUACAUAAUGAACAACAAUUAGCAACACAGCCAUAUGUGCACAUACAGCAACAAGAGAAAACUCAGCUUGCAAAACAGCAGAAGGUUCAACCACAAGUACCAAUCCAGUCACAGCCUCAGGGCCAACUAGAAACACAAGCACAGCAAGCUCCAAAGCAGCAGAGGAAAGUAAAGAAGUCCCAGGCACAUCUGCAGAACAGACCUUGGCUUCAGCAGAAGAGUCAAUUGGAAAAUGUUACCCAAAAAUCAGCACCACAGUUGGUGCCGCAAUCUCAGUCAGAGCCUCAGGACAAAUGCCAAUUAAGUUCUCAAACACCACCACAGCAUAUAGUGACUGUUAGCUCACCUAGCUCAAAAAGCAUUGUUGAGAGUGAUGAGAAAGACCUGAAGCCAGCUCAGCCUGUUGCACAAGAGAAACCUCUUGUAGUAACACGAAAACUACCUCAAACUUUGCCAGCAGUUCCAGCACAAUCAACGACUCAAAAACAAACACAACAGACAGUGACUGUUCCGAUUCAUAAACAAGUAUUAACCCAACCUCAGCCCUCUUUAUCAACUCAAGCUCAAACAACUACACAACAACUACAAGCUACUGCACCCAUUAAGCAACAAAAGCAACCUCAGAUAGUGACACCACAGCAACCUCAAGUGAUGAUCCAGAAACAGGCACAAUCUCAAUCCAUGACACCCAUGCAACCACAGGUUAUGGCCCAAUGGCAGCCACAACAGACUAUUGCUCAAACUCAUCCUGCAGUGCCACAACCACAAAGAUUUUCAGUGGCCCAAACAAUGCCUCAAGGCACUUCCGGACCAGCCCAACAGUACCAAGCAUCACCCAUUCAACCACAAAUAAUGUUGCAGAGACAACAGUCACCACAUUGUGUAGUGCAGGCUCAGUCCCAGCAACCCACAAUGCACAAUCCGACUGUAAUUUCCCCUCAACCUAAAGGUGCAUCCACCAUACAACCCAGAAUCAUCUCUAUGCCUCGACCCCAGAUGCCUGUUCAAUCUCAAACCCAAACUCAGGUCAAAGCACAGGGAAGUGCACCACUUAUGAUUCAACCUCAGGGGCAACCCCAGUGGUAUCAACCAGGAGACGUCACCCAAACAUACCCCAAAGUCCAAGGACCAAUUUCUCUUGCUGCCCAGAUGCAGCCACUGGCCCAUUUCCAAACUCAUCCCCAACCUCAAAGUAUCCCUCCAGCUCAACCUCAGCAGUGGUCACCAAUAAGACCAGGCAUAGUGGCCCAGACCUACCCCACUGUCCAAGUUCCAGGUCAGGUAGUCCACCCUCAAUCUCAAAUGGCAGUUUACCCUAAAAACCAACCGCAAUCACAGCCUCAGCAGUGGCCCUCUGCUAGACCUGAAUCACCUUGGUGUCAAUCACAGAUGAGACCCCAAGGUCCAGCUCAGCAUAUGGUUUCCUCACAGCACUGGAGGCCUGUCAGUCCAGUAUACCCCGGGUCUGAAACCCAAGGGCCCAUAGGACCACAUUCUCAGUCCCAAUAUCAAGCCCCACCAAGGCAACCAAGCCCUCAAUGGCAGUGGGGUCCAGUCCGGCCAGAACAUCAGUUUCAAGUCUCUUCCCAGACUACGUUCCAUGGUGGUCCCCAGCCAGUAGCUCCAUGGAAUCAACCACCUGCUCAAGCUCCUAUAAGACCUCAGAUUCCACAACAGCCUCAGCAAAGUCAGCAAAAGUGGAGUUCAUCCAGGCCAGAGGCCCCAUCUGAAACCCUUAUCCAAAGCCAAGCUCCCCAGGCAGAGCUUCAGUCCCAAGAUCUGAUACCCCAACAGCAGUCAGCUCUUGCCCAGGCACCCCCUCAAGCCUACACUGAGGCUUAUAUAAAGGCACAGGCCCUGGUUAGAAAUAGAUUUGAGGAAGCCAAGCACUGUCUUCAAGAGCAUAUUAUAGAAGCUAUCAGUGUAUUCAAGGAAAAGCAAAUGACGAACGAACAGGCAUCAGUUAAGGAGGAGACGCUUCGGACUCUGGACCCUGAACUUCUUGAAGAGUUCUUGAGGGCUGCAGAAGGGAUGGAAGCUUUCUGCACCCCAUCUGAAAUAAGAGACAUGGAGUUUUUUACACAAUCCGUUAGAACACAGUGGAAGGCUGUUCGAGUGCAAAUAUCAGAAUUUUUGAAGCAACUCCGAUUUGAGUUAACCCGCCUGCAUUUUAACCGUGUGGUGGAGACAUGUGAGAUAAACUUUAAGAGGGAAAAAAUCAACCUUAGGCCUGAAUCAAUAUCAGAAUCAAAAGAAGAGGCUUGUUUGUCUGAGGAGGACAGUCUGGCAGAGGCAGGACAGCAGCUAGAAGCUCUGAAGGAGUUGUGUGAUACUUUGAGCCCUGAGGACGCACACAGGCUUGCACAAGCCCAACUCGGAGAAUGUGAGAGACGGCUUGCUGCCAUCCAGUGGCAGUUCAGUGGAGACAGAGAUACAUCUCCUCCAGACACUGGUUUACAAACAGAGCAAACAAAAGAGCCACUCACUCAGAAAGCACCAACAGUCCCACCCCCACCUGAGAAGCCCAAACAGGUUAUUGUUUCAGAGGCUGUUACACCUGUUAGCCCCCAGCAACCGAGAUCUGUGGAGAAGAGAGAGAUAGUGAAACAAACGAGUACAGAAGACGACAGGUACCGCAGCUCCAGAUUUGCAUUACAGGCUCAGUUAAACAGAAAUGAGCAAUGCAUGCUUGGAGAUCGUACCUCAGAAUCAGUCACUCCCACAGACCUGCAGAAACGACUGAGAGAAUUAAAGUCUCUGUGGCAUGAGACUGAGUCUCUGUGGAAGGAGUAUGAAGCGCUGUGUAUGCAAUGUGUUCAGUACAAUGAACGAGCUGUUGAGCAAGACCGCAUGGAGCUCACUGUCCGGUGGAGAGAGCAGAGGUUACAGUUACAGGGCAGGGUGGAUUCACUGGGAGCAGCACUUGAGCUCAUGGACUCUAUUAAGCUGAAGAUCUCUGAGAUUUCUGAAAGGCUGGACAGUUUCAUCAAAGAGCCCAAAGACAUUAAGGGAUAUACACUAGCUAACCCUACCAUUUUGAGAGAUGUGAAGGACUUAGAUGAAAGUAUCCAGACAGAGAUGGACCGUCUGUCUCGAUUCGACUCUGAGCCCAGUCAUCUAGACCUGCGGGACCGAUCACCUCUGACCCAGGUGGUUCUGAACCACAGAUCCAGCCUGGACCGGCUCAGGCAACAAGUGCGCAAGAGUGACGCUGCUGCCCGUGCUCUCGACCGCUUCCUCAUGUCCCUUCGCACUGUGGAGCUUGAUGUCUCUUCUGUGCAAAGUGCCCCCAGCAAUGAUGCAGUGGUCCUGCAGGACAGCAGGUCCAAGCUGGCACUAAUCAGAAAGGGAGUCAGCAGCCUUAAGGAUAAGGCUCCACAGCUGGACCAGCUUUUAGGUGGAGCACAGCUUGAAGUGACACAGGAUGGGAGACCUGUUUCCUGUUUGGACAUGGUGGGGGUACUGGUUCACAGGGUGGAAGAGGCAGAUGAUCGACUGAUGAUUCGACAGAAUGAGCUCCAGAAGGAACAGCAGAACCAGAGCCACGGUCUGAGGGGGAAGACUAUGCAGGCUGAGUUGAGGAAGGUGCAGGUGGCAGCAGAAAAACAGGGUCUAAAAGAUCCCACCAUGCCAGCUGUGCAACACCGGAUGCGAGCGCUGUCUGAUCUCGAAUCACAACUGAACUCUCUUCGCCCUGAAUACCAAAGCAUCAAGAAGGCUCUGUCUGAAGUCUCUCCACAGAAAGAGCACCCUGAUCCAGCAAAUGAGGAACUUGAAUUCCUUUGGGAAGAGACUGAAAGAGCUGUAUCUGACAGACAAGAGCAGUGCACUGUUCUUGCGGAACUGCUGAAGAAAUUUCAGAGCUGUCGCAGUUACCUGGGCAAUACUCUCCAGAGGGCGGAGCAAACCAUCAAUGAGCAAGCUUCAUACAUGGGCAAAGACAGCCUACAAAGACUCCUUGCAAAAGUCGUUGGCAUAAAGGAGGAUCUUAAAAGCCUUGGACCCAAGAUGGAGGAGUUCAGAUCUGUGUGCAGACAGUUGCAGUCCCAGCUGAAGAAAAUUCCUGAUUGCUCGGAAACUCCAUUUGAGAUGGAGGCAGAUGCUUUGGUGGACUCAUGGCUGGAUGUGUCAGAGAAGACAGAUAGUUACAUGGAUAACCUGCGUGUGGGUCUGGAGUUGUGGGAGAAACAGCUGGUUCUGGGUGGAGAGGUGGACAGCUGGACUUCUACUAAACUCAUUAUCUUUUCAGAGUCUCACCCUUUCAGCAGUGAGACGGAGGUUGCCAGCAUGAAGAAUGAGAUUCAGUGUCAGGAGGACAACCUUGAACACUUCCAUAGGAAGUUACUAGAGAUCCAGGAACUGCUGCAGAGCAAAGAAUCUCCUCUUGAAUUACAGGUAAUGGAAACAAACCUGAGGAAAAAAAUGGAGCAGGUGAAGGAACUCUUCUCCGAUUGCACUGAAGUGUUCCAGGAGCUCCUUACAGUUAAAGCUCAUCUGAUAGAAAAUAUUGACACCUAUCAAUCAUCUGUGAAGAAUAUACACUCCUCAGUAGAUAUGAUCAGUUCAGAGGAUCGCGCAGAGCUGGAUGCACAUUUACAGGACUUGUGUGAGCAGCUUUUGGACCAGGAGGGGCAGGCUGAAUCUUUGCUGAAGGAAAUCAAUCUCAUGUCCAGCAUUACUGGAUCACAGGCCUUGGAGGAGCUGACCAAUCGUAGUAAGCACCUCAAAGACAGCAUUGCGGAAACAUGGGAGCUGAUUCGUCAGAAGAAGGAACAAGGGGAGAAAAGCUUCCUUCAGACUAUUAAAGAAGAGUUUCAGUCAUUUGAGGAAUGGCUGCAGGAUGAGCAGCUCGCUGUGAAUGAGUGCUUUGAGAACGCUGAGAGAAAGCAGGAUGUAGAAACAUCUAUGCAGAGACUGACAAGUUUCCUGGCCUCUAAAGAAGGAGAACAGCGUCUGGCUCAGUUGAAGGAGAGGUUUGAGCGAGGUGGACAGGCAAAGCUCCCUACUGAGGCUCAAGCUUUGCUCUCUACAUGGCAUCAGGAACAGGAAGGAGAACUGGCCACACUCAGGGCUCACUGCCAGGGACGCCAUAAACAGCUAGAUGACAUCCUCCACAACCUCAACAGUUUGCAAGAGGAACAUAAUCAAUUGAAGGACUGGCUGCAGCAGAGAGAGCAAGUGCCAGAACAGAGAGAAAAACUAAGGCAAAUCCAAGAGGAUUUUCUUAAAGAAAGCGGUCAUGUGGAGGCAUUCAAUGACCUGUUAUCUGCUGUAAGGAUGCGUGGCCUGAGGGGAGACCCUCUCCUUAGAGACACCGAGACCCUGAUAGACCGAUACCACAGCCUGGGGAUUCUUUUGGAGAAUCAGGUCCAAGUCCACAAGACCCUUGAUGAUCAAAUUGAAACAUUCCAAACCAAUGCAGAACAGAUCAGAGCCUGGAUCAGAAAUGUAAAGCAAGGACUUGAGUACUUGGGGACAGACACACCAAUACAGGAAAAACACAUACAUACUCAGGCUGUUUUUAAUCUUAGUCCUGAGGGUGAGGCUAAACUCGUGGCUUUGAAAGAAGAGUGUGAUGCUUUAUGUGUUUAUGAGAUUUUGGAGGACACCAGAAGACAGGGGUUCAUUCACACCCUUGGAAACAUUGAAGAUGAGUGGAAAAGAGUUCUGGAUAUGGCUCAACAACUAAAACAUCAGGCAGAACUCCAAGACACUCUCAAUAUGGAACUAGAAGAUCUACAGGCCCAGGAAGACAGCAUCCAAUCCUGGGUGAGAGAACAACUACAAAUGCUGCACUCUUUGGGGAAGGAGCUUCAGCCACAUGAAAAACUUAACAAAGUACAGGCUGUCAUAGAUCUUGGUGAUGAAGCCGAUUCCAGAUUGGCCAGUUUACAGAGACAAGGACAACAUUUAUGUUCUUAUGAAGAGCUUGAGAAUGAGAGGAGGAGCCACAUUGACCAAACCCAGAGAGCAGUAGAGGAGGAGUGGAGGACAGUGCUACAACUUGCCCAGGAGCUCAAGAACCAGGUCAAGCAUGAGGAAUCUCUCUACAGAGAGUUACAAACUUUCUGUGAUCAGGGAGAGGACACUCGAUCCUGGAUUAGACAUCUCGGAGGGACCCUGGAUUCCCUUCAUGUGACAUCUUCCAUUCAAGAGAGGCUUAUUGGAGUUGAGGCACUACUAACUCGUAGAUCUGAGGGGGACUAUAAACUUUCUGACCUAAAGACGAAGGGAGAGAAUCUAUGUUCCUGUGAAGAUCUAGAGGAGGACAAAUGUCAGACAAUCCAACAUACAUUACAAAAUGUACAGCAAGAGUGGAUGGGAGUUUUGAUGCAGGCUCAGGAACUGAAGAACCAAUCAGAACUUGAGGAUUCUCUUUCUAAGGACCUUCAGGAUCUUCAAGAAGAGGAGGAGAACACUCAAUGUUGGCUCAAACAGCAGCAUCUGAAGAUUGAAUUGCUAGGUCAGGAGACUCAGUUACAAGAGAGAAUGCAUGGAGCUCAGGCCAUCCUAAACUCAGAAUCAGAGGGGGAUUACAAGCUAGCCAACCUGAGGAGGAAAGCAGAGGGUUUGUGUUCUCGAGAAGGCCUGAAGGAGAAAAGAAAACUGGAAAUCCAGCUGAACCUGAGAUCCAUUGAAGAACAAUGGAAGAAGGUCCUGGCAAGUGCUCAAGAACUAAAGAACCAGGCGGAGCUCCAGGAUUCUCUUGCGAGGGAGCUUCAGAAUGUCUGUACCCAGGAGGAGAGCACCUGGACCUGGGUGAAGAACCAGAAAGAUGGCCUGGACUUACUGGGGGAAAGCACUCAUGGUACACUGGAGCAGAUUGAGGAGAGACUAAGCAAAGCACAAGCAAUUCUAAGUCUGCACUCUGAGGGCAACUCUAAGAUUGCAGCCCUGAAAUGGACAGUAGAUCGUCUUUUUAACCGUGAAGAUCUUGAUGAAGAUGCAAGACAUUCUCUCAUUAAAAAGAUGAAAAAUGCAGAGGAGGAGUGGAAGACAACACUGCAGCAAGCACAGGAGCUGCAUAGUCUGCUGAAAAGUGUAAGGGAACGUCUGGUGUCCUGUCAGUGUCAGAAGGACCAGCUUCAGUCUCGUCUGGAGCAGGUGAAACAGCAGACUGCUGCACUGCCGCGGCACUUCCCCUGGCCUGGUUUAGGGGAUCGAAGGCACACAUUGGAGCAAGCCAAGAGUCUGCUAGAUCGUACCAGAGCCCUGACCCCAUCUCUGUCUGCUGUCCGAGCACUUGGGAGGGAGAUGAGCCAGCUGACCCGUGAUUCCAGCUGGAUUGAUCCAUCCUGGGCCACCAUAGAGGAGUGCAUACCUGAGUUAAUCAAAGAUCUUACGGAGCUUUGUGUAAAUCUCGAAGAGGAAAUCCGGAGAGAGCGAGUUUGUGCUCAGUUAGUUGAGCAGCACACUGUAGCACAGGAUUGGCUGAGUGAGCAAGUCAAAGGUUUCGGUGCUCUGCCCACUGAACGUCAUGGGUUACAAAGCUCUAUCAACACUCUUAAGGCUCUUCUUCAGACCAUAGACAGGGAGAAGAGAGAAAUGAAAGAUCUGGUUGCCGUUAAAGAUUCCCUGAUGAAUCUUUGCACUCCAGGAGGUUGUGAUGCCCUGACCUUAGAGGUCAGCCAUCUUCAUAACCUCUGUGAGUCCUCUGAGAAAGAGAUGAGGGAACGGUUAGCUGUGUGUGAGGCCAGACUGAGUGAUAUUGACCUCAGGCUUGCUGGCAGAGCACAGAUUCUCAGAGAGCAAGCAGAGAGUCUUCUGAAUGAGCUGCGUGCUCAGGACCACUCUUUAGGAUUUCUGGUGGGUAGCCAGAAUGUCAGCCAGCUACAGGAGAACUGGCAUAGCUUCAAGACAUUUGAGAGAGACCUUGAGUCUUUAGAGGGCAAAGUUCGUGACCUUGCCCUGGCCCUCCGAAUGGUCCCACCAGAAGAGGAGCCCCCUAGUGAUGUCCUUUCUAUUGUGGACACAGUUACACAACAAUAUUGCCGUCUGUGGUCGAAACUGUCAGAAAAGCAGAAUGACCGUGCAGACAGCACUGUGCAGUGUGUGAGACAGGCCUUACAAAACAUACAGUCAUGGAAUCUGACACAUGCAAAUCCUCCCUGCAGCUCAGCCACAUCCAUGCAGGCUGCAAUUGAGGAAGGUGUGAGACUGUGUAAAAGCCUGCAGGUGGCGCUGUCCCAUAAAGAACUGUUGAGGGAAUGUCUGGGCCCUGACUUGGCUGGCAAACUUGAAAGAGACGGAACGAAAGCAUUAAACGAAGCAGACACUCACAUGAAUGACCUUAAACAGGAGCUCAAGAAUCUGGAGGAGAAGGUGAAGCAGGAAGUUCAGAGGUUGUCACUGGAAGCUCAAAGCAUUCAGGUGGAUUCGCAGGUUUCUGCUGUGACACCAUCAGCAAAGGAGUCUGAACAGUUGGAAUUUGUUUCUUCUUCAUCGUUUAUCACGGAGAGCUUUGAAAUGACAGAUGACAGUGAACAAGCUAAGGUACAGCCAUCUGAAUACCUUGACAGCAAGAUCCCUCCAUGUGUAAUCUCAGAAUCUUCAACUGAAACAGAAAUUCACGCUGCAAGAAAAUCACUACCAAUAUUAAAGAUUGACACUGAACAGACUGAAGUCAAAACAACUGUUCCGUUAACCACAGAGAUGCUACCUGAACCAGCAGCAAGAGUAUAUGAAUCUGCUGUUCCUACAAGCAGCCAUGGUGCAAAUAAAACUAAAAGUGAGAAUUUUGUUUCUGUUUCUUUGGAAACAAAGUCUGAUAAUGAUGAGAAUUCACAUGAAAAGAUGCCAAUUCCCUCAUCUGCAGCUGUCCACAGCUUGGAAACCACAGUGCAAGACACAGACUUGGAAUUACACAGCACUGAGAGUCUUAGCACAGAAGGACAAGAAAGCCAGUUGUCUAUUGUAGUUGAGAGUUCAGUUGCUGAUAGAGUAGAGGGUGAGAACACUGAAGCAGUGACUGCAGAGCCAGAUAAAGAGGAAGAGGACUCAUAUAUUUCACAUUCUCAAGAGGAACCUUGUGGAGAAGGUGAAGCACAAACCAAAAAGGUUGCUGCGCUCAUUUUAGAUUUGGAUACAGUACACAUAGAUAGUGUAGACAGACACUCCCACACACCCUCAGAUGGUGCUACAGUGAAUGCAGCCUCUGCUAGUUCUAUUUUAAAUGAGAUAACACUGGGCAAGCAAGAGCAUGAAACAAUGGCCCCUCCAGAAGCUGAAAUUUCUGAAGUAGCCAUAGAACCAAUUAGCAUCCAGUCUUCUCUUAAUGAGCCAAGUAUGGUGAAUGUUUUAGAAAUUAGUUCAGCAAUAGAGCCAGAACAGUCACGGCUCAGUGAUAUAGACACUAAUAGACAAGUGCAGACAAAAGCAGGUCCACCUGCUGAAGUACACAUUAGUGGAGAUGCUGCUGCCAGAGGUAUUGGAACAUUUUCUUGGAACAAUGGACCAAAUGCUGCAAUUGCUGACAGAGAGAGGAACUGGACUACAAAUAAUGGUCCGAAUGAAAUCCAACGCGGAUAUAUUAUUCAAGACUUCCCUGAGGGGGUGGAGAUGCAGAGACGUCAUGCUCAUAAAGCUACUUUUUCCAGGGAACCCUCUGAGGCACAGAUUCAGGGAUCAGAACGUUCAGUGUCAGAAAGAAUGGAGACCGAAUAUGAGGCAAAAUCUGAUCAAACAGAAACAGGGGUUCUAGCCAGCACAAACAGACCUUUAGAAGCAUCAGAACAAUCUGAACUGGUUGAAGCAAACCAAAACCUACCACCAAGGGAAGUUGGAGAAGUCAUGCAUGUCAAUGUAGAAGAAGAGACAAAGAAGACCCCAUCAGAUGAUAAAACACAAUUAAUUGAAACUGAUCCUAAACUUAAACCUCCAGUCAAGCAACAAAAUGAGGUAGAAACUGAGGUCCAAACAAACAAAGUGCAUGUCUCAACAACAGUAGAGGAAAAACCUGAAGGUGAAGAAGCCAUUGGCGUCAUUUUGGGAGAAGAGACAAAGACCCAAACAGGUGGUAAAGCACAAUUCAAAGAAAUUGAACCUAAACUGACACCUCCAAUCAAGCUCCUAAUUGACUGGGACACUGAGGUACAACCCAAAAAAAGUAAUGUCUCACUAACACCAGAAGAGAAACCUGAAGUUAUUAAGGCCACAGAUGUUAUUGUAGAAGAAGAGAUGGGAAAGACCCCAUCAGGUGAAAAAGCACAAUUCAUGGAAUCUGAACCUAGAAUGACGCCACCAGUCAGGCAAAGAAAUGAGAGUAAAACUGACGCCCAGCCAAACAAGGUAAAUGUCUUAACACAAAAGGAGAAAGCUGAAGGUGAAAAGGCCAUGGAUAUCAUUGUAGAAGAGGAGACAAAUACAACAUCAUCAGAUGAUAAAGCAGAAUCCAUAGAGGCUGAAUCUGAACUGACACCUUCAAUCAAGCAAAGGAAUGACCACAAAACUGAUGUCCAGUCAGAAAAGGUGGAUGUAUCACCAGAGGAGAAAACUGAAUGUGAAGAAGCAUUGUAUGUCAUUAAGGAAUGGAGUGACUGGGACACUGAGUGUCAAUCUGAAAGUAUUAAUGUCUCACUGACACCAGAGGAGAAACAUGAAGUUGGAGCCACUGCAGAUGUCAUUGUAGAAGAAGAGACAAACAAGACCCCAUCAGAUGAAAAAGCACAUUUUAUAGAAGCUGAACCUAAACCAACACCACCAGUCAGGCAAAGAAACGAAAAGAAAAUUGCUGUCCAAUCAAGCAAGGUGAAUAUUUCAACAACAUCAGAGAAGAAACCUGAAGGUGCAGAGGCUAUCAGUGUCAUUGUAGAAGACGAGAUAAAGAUGACUCUAUCAGAUGAUAAAACACAAUCCCUAGAAGGGGAACCUAUACUGACACCACCAGUCAGGCAACAAAAUGAAGGUGAAACCGAUGUCCAAUCAAACAAGGUAAGAAUGUCAACAACAUCAGAGAAGAAAUCUGGGGACACCAUGCAUAUCCCUGAGGAGGAAGUGACAAAAAAGACAUUGGUUAAUAAAGGGAAAUCCAUAGAAGCUGAGCCUAAACCAACACCACCAGUCAGAAGACAAAAUGAGGGUGAAACUGAGGUCCAAUUAGACAAGGUGGAUGUCACACCAACACCUCCCACCAGACGACGUAAAGGUGAUAGGUUAUUUUUAAAUAUUGAAUCACAGAUAGAGGGAGAAGUUCUUCCCACCCCACCAAGCAGAAGACGUAGAGAGAAAAUGGGAAGUGAGAGGUUUUCACUUGAUUUAGAGUCCCAACCCACACCACCAGCAAGACGACGUAAAGAAAAAGAAGAUAGUAGAUUAUCUCUUGAUCUAGAGACCCAACCCACACCAUCAGCAAGACGACGUAAAGAAAAAGAAGAUAGUAAAUUAUCACUCAAUCUGGAGACCCAACCCACACCACCAGCAAGACGACAUAAAGAAAAAGAAGAUAGUAGAUUAUCGCUCGAUCUGGAGACCCAAUCCACACCACCAGCAAGACGACGUAAAGAAAAAGAAGAUAGGAGAUUAUCGCUUGAUCUGGAGACCCAACCCACACCACCAGCAAGACGACAUAAAGAAAAAGAAGAUAGUAGAUUAUCGCUUGAUCUGGAGACCCAACCCACACCACCAGCAAGACGACGUAAAGAAAAAGGUGAAGAUAAAGGAUUAUCAGUUGAUCUGGCACCUCAACCAACUCCACCAUCAGGAAGAUGCGAGGAUAAGACAGAGAGUGACACAUUAUUUUACAGUGCUGAAUUAGGAAAAAGUGAUAAUCAGCAAACUGUUGAACAUAAAGAUGUGGAAGAGCACACUGUUAAACCAACUCCACCUGUCAGACGCAAAAUUAGUCAGGUAGAAAGUGAUGUGGCAGUUUGCAAAAACCAAGAAGAGAAAGAGACCUUUGUGAAACCCACACCACAAGUUGAAAAAGAAAUCGUCACAGGUGCUUCUAAUCUAAAAGAAGAUAUGAGCAUAUAUAACCCAACUCCACCUCUGAGGCAAAAAGACAGCCGAGUGGAAACUGAGAUGGUUUCAACCACUCCUGAAAGUCAACCUGAGGAAACCCUACCAACUCCACCAACCAGUCGAAAGAAAGAUCAAAUAGAAGCUGACAGAGCUCCAUUGGCGCCAGAAGUGCCACAGGUCAUACCAACUCCAACAACCAGCGACAAAGAAAGUUCAGACAAUGAAAAUGUUUCUGUGUUCGUAAGACUGGAAGUGAAAGCUGAUUUUGAAGCAAUAACUAAACAGGAAGAUAAAAAGGAGUAUGAUACAAAGUCAUUGGUUGGUCAGGAGCAUCAAGAGGAGGGGCAGGACUCUGAUACCUUGGUCCCAGAACCCAUAAGUGUAAUCAAUCAAACAGAGAACAUCAGUGAAAUGCAGCCACAAGAUCAAGAUGUGGAUGUUUCUCCCCAAGUUGGUCUCAUGCCUGAAAUCACUGAGAGUCCAGCAGAGGAAGAGGGGGAGCCAGAGGGACCCACAAUGAAGGAUAUCUUCAUGGAGAUCAAAAAAAUGACUGAAAAGGGACCAAAAAGUGUGCUCAUGGAGGGUAUACCACAUGAAAGUACCAAGAAACUUCUUGACACUUCCAGCACUGAUCUUGAAGCUCGGUUAAAAAGGCUAGUGUUCCAUUUACUGGACCUCCGAACUUGCCCAGCUGCUCUGAACUCCACAGACAUGGCCAAACAACUAGAGGAGGCUGAGGAAUGUAGAAGGUGUGCCCAGAGACAGGUAUCUAUGCUGUCUAGACAAGACCAGGCUAAUGGAGACAUUGGCAGUGGCACUAAUGGCACAGUUCAUGACCCCGAGGGGAUGCAACAGCUGAGUGCCCAGUGGAGUGCAGCUUUGUGGGAUGCAGCAAGCUCGGUUCACUCCAAGGAAGCUCAACUACAGAUGGUUGCAGAUUUUGACAGACAGACCCAGAAAGUCAAAGCUAUUCUGGAGAAACUCAAAAUUGAGAGUGCGGCACUGAGAUCCUCUCCAGCCGUGAGCAGUUUUGCCGAGGAGGAAAGGCUACGCUCUUUCAUGAGAAACAUGGAGCAGGAAAGGACAGCUCUCGGUGAGUUAAUUCAGACUCAUGCAAAACUGUCCUCCCACCUCAGUGUGCCUCAGAGACAGGCAGCUGAAACACAGCAAAACAACUUGCAAAGCCAGUGGAGGGUGCUGGAGAAGGAUGCAGAAAUUGCUCUUUACAAGGUCAAUGCUUAUGCUAAAGAAAGUGGCAGCCUUAUUCAAGAGGUCAGUGCCUUAAAAGACCAUCUCGAGAAUAUUCAGAAGACCUUGGAUGCAUCAAAAACCCCACCAGUUUUAUGGGAUGGCAAGAAAGCUCAAGAAAUGAUGACUUUAAAUGCUAAUCUCACUUUCACCCAUCAGCAGUACCUCUACCUUCAGCAGACCUCUGAGGCACUUGCCCAGGAAUUCCAAUUCAAGGCAGAGACAUCCAGCAUAGAGCAGGACCUUCAGCAUAUAAAAGAUCAGCAGGAUCAAAUGGGUGAAAAGUUAGCAGCUGCAACCCCUAGCAGCAGCAACCCAACAUUAAGUAAAAUUGUAAAGGUGAUGACAGAUGCUCUGGCUUGGGCCAAGCAGACAGAAUGUGAUGUCAAAGGACGACAGAAAAAGCUGUCUUUGCUUCCAGAAGAAGUCCAUCGACAGAUUAAAGAUUUAAAGAAAUCGCAGUCUGAGAUGAGCUCCAAGCAAACCCAGUUGAAGGCUUUGGUUGAGGAAGUCACUGAGCUGAUUUGUGACCUAGAUGAGGCUGAUGUUUCGAUGGUGACCUCAUCCUUGAAUGUCCUAGAGAAUUUGUCCAAAUCAGCAGCAGGAAAACUGGCUGAGGCAGUUCGUGAGAUGGAGUCUGGUCUUCAGACCCGGGAGAAGAUGUCAGAGCAGAUAGCAGAUAUUGAUUCCUGGGUGGUUGGACAUCUGCAGAGGGAAGCUUUGAGAAGAGAGGAUUAUCAAAGUUUGAGUGUGGCAGACCUGGAUCGCAGGUUGAGGCAGAUCCAGGACACUCUUGGAGAGGCAGAAAAGCAGUCCGCUGUCACUGAAGCCCUUCUGAUGAAAAGCAGAGACAUUGCAUCAGAGCUAAGUGUCUCAGAGAAUACUCAACUCUAUGAGAAACUCACCAGCCUUCAAGAGGACAUCAAGAGUAUUGUUCUCUAUGAGAAAGCAUGUUGCCAAAAAGUUAUGGAUGUCAUACAGAGCCAAGAAUCCUCUCAGAGGAAGGUAUCAUCUCUUGAGAACAGCCUGAGACAAAUGUUAGCUGAUGUAAAAAGACACAGGUUUCCUGUUACCAAGGAUACCCUCUCUGUUAUUGAACCCUUCAAACAGAUGAUUGUGGAGCGCAAAUCUCAGAUUGAGCAAGUCGGUCUCUGUUCAGAGGAAAAGAGAAGAGAGCUGUUAUGUGUUAUUACUGAACUGUACCACAAAAUGAUUGAUUUGGAUCUCAAAUCACAAGCUCAUGAAAGGUACUUGAGCUUCAGUCGGUGCAUUGAAGAUGUCAAGGAGGAAAUGGAGGCUCAGAUCCCAAUGACCAAAGAUGAGAGCAUCAACAAAGAGGAACGCUACAGAGCCUGUCAGGCCCUACUGAUCCAAAUCUCUUUAAUAAAACUCUUGUUUGAGGAAACAAUGGAUGAACUGCAGGAAAUCAUAGCAGAUCUGUAUCCAUCUCAGCUCUCUACUGAACAAGCAAGAUUUAAACAAAUCCUGGAAAGUCUCAAAACCUCAGAAUUGGCAGUGAGCAAUAAUCUUCAGAUAUUGGAAUGGGAUCUGCUAAAACAAAUUCAUUAUCCAUCAGAAAAAAGAGUACUUAAGCAAUUUCUCAAAGACACUAAUGAGGAAUUGGAAAAGCCUUGUAGUAUUGAACCAAAAGAGGCAGAGAUUGAAAAACAACUAAGAACGUGCUUUGUACUCAGAAAGAAUGUAGAAUCUAGAAUGCGAGUGCUUGAGUUUCUUGAAAAAAAGAUUGGAGCUCAACCUCCACAGGACUCCAAACAGCUUACUUGCUUGAAGGAUAUGGUUUUGGAAAAGUGUGAUCAACGAAUGGUGAGCCUAACUAAAGCUAAAGAACUGUUGAAUAAUUACACCAAAGCAGUGAUUGAUACCAUUCGGUUCCUCCAAAGAGCUGCAUUGGUCCUCCUUCCCUCAGUCUGCUCUGCUAGAAGCUGCUCAGAAAGACUCAAAGACACACAGCACGCUUUACUGACCCUAGACACAGAGAUCCAAUCACAUGUUUCACAGCUUCAAGCUCAAACCCCACAGCAUCCCUGCUUCAAGCCACAGAAGAUUGAAUUUCUGCACACGCAGGUUCUAGGCGAGCUCCUGGUCAGGCUAUCAACCCUCAAGGCCCAGGCUCAAAUUCAUGUAGAAUCUUUGAAGAGGUGUGUUGAGUGCCAGAAACUUUCUCGUAAAUGCUACGAGGAGCUUUGCCAGCAAGUGAGAGACUUAGAAACAUUGCUAUCACAGUGUGCCUCCAAAAAAUUUACUUCACACAAAGACUGCAAAGACCAGCAACAGAAACUCAAGGCUCUAGUGGAAGAGGUUGCCAUGCUUCCUGGAAAACUGGAGAAUCUGAGAGAGUGGUGUUCACUGUAUGGGUGCAGAGCCAACAGGGAGGAUGCCGUGAGCGCAAUCUGGGGUCAGGUGGCAAGAUUGCAGCGCUGUGCCAAUGAUCUGCAGACACGCUCAGAACAAUUGGAAGCAGAGUGGAGCAGUGUCACAAGGAGUGUGGAGCAGGCAGCCACUGUGUUGGAGCAAAUGGAUGCAGAACUUCCAGAUAGCAGCAGAGAGAAUCUGACUGGUGAUGAGCUGCAGGAACUGCUGCUCUUCUGGUCCCAGUACCAGGACAGACUGGACUGUGAACAAAGAGCUCUCUCCGCUUUGGAAUUAAGAGCUGCAAGGUUGCUUGGCGUUCCCCCGGACCUGGAACAGGCCCCGCCCAUUGAGCUGUGCCAAGAGCUUCAAGCCUGGCAAGAACGUUACCAUAGUCUAAAGGAACGUAGCUCUCAGGGUCUGAGGGCAGUAAGAACAGAGGUGGAAGAGAGGGAACGAGUACAGGAGCAGCUGGAGAGAGUCAGAGAGUGGCUGGAAUCUGCCAUCUCUCUCCUCGCUGUACUGGAGCACGAGCCCAGCAAGAAACAACUACAGGAGGUUCACUCACAGCUGUGUACCCAGAAGGCUGUUCUGCAGCAUAUAUCGGAUAGUUUGAAGAUGAUGUGCUUGGACAAAAACACAUCAAUUCCAGAAGAGAUAGAGGGACUAUUACAGGAAGUCUCACAGUCAUUACAGGAAGUGGAGGAACAGGUGAAGACAGCUGUGGAGAAAAGUGGCCCACUUCACAGGCUGGGUGCUAAAAUCUCUGAGAUUAAAGCAGGUCUGGGAUCAGUUCAGAGCUGGUUGGAACAGAAGAGCCUGAACUUCACUGAAGCUGAGACCACACAGAAGCGAGUGUGGGACGAGUUGGACCGUUUACACACUCGUCUGACGGCAGUUGAGGUGGAGGUGGAGCUACAAGACGUGAAUGAAAUGCAUCCAGACGAGUGCCGCCUGUUAUUAGACAGCAUGGCCAACACUCAGCAGACCCACACACACCUCACCAAACAGGCCGAACAGAGGACUACCUUCCUCAGCAAGGUCCGUGACUGGAUGCAGGAGCAUGAGGAGAUGUUGAAGGGGUCACAGAGCUGGAUCUCAGAGGCUCAGUCUUGGCUUACGACACCCUGCACAUACACCACUGCCAGAUGCCUGGACAGUCAUGUGAAUGCACUGCAGAUGGUUCUGGAUGAUUCUGCUCAGAUGAGACGGGCUCUACAUGGUUUCGGCAGUGUGCUGACAGAGAUGGGAAGUGUUUUUGAUGUCAGUCCAUUAGAGGAGCAGCUCUCAAAUGCUGAUCGACUUGUGGCAGACAUGCAGCACAGCCUGCUGGGACCUCUCUCUCAGCUGGAGCAUGCAGCAGCAGAAGUGGAUGCCAUUGAGUCAGAGGUGAAGGUCAUGGAGAAAGAUGUGGCCAAAAUCAAAUCUACUUUGACCACCAAAGACAUCAGUCGGGACUGUCUAAAGUCAACAGAAGACAGGAUUGACCUGAUGAAAAGGACAGUUGCUGAGAUUCAGAACUGUAAGGAUGGUCUGUGUCUACCUGACAAAGCUGAAAACACACUCCUAGUGUUCAAAAAAGCAGAACUACUACAGAAACAACUGCUGGAACUUGAACAGCUGGCUCUAGAAUACUUGAUUGAGGUACAGGAGACAUCUGUCCCACCUCUCUGUGUCACACCCCUCAAUGCACCGGCCCUCAGUGUUCCACCCACAAUCACUGAGGAAGACACACAGGAGAGUGGUCAGAUUCAGAUUGUGCAUGUAGAGGAGGACGCGUUGAAAAAGUCAGGAGCUGCGCUGAUGACGGUGGAGCAAUCCACACCGGAGCAGAGCCUCACCUGGAUCUCUGAGAGUAGCAGCCAUACCCCCACAGAAACACAGCAGGAGCCCGAGGAAGAGGAGGAGCUCUUUGAUAAACCAGGAGAUGGAGAGGAAGAUGCUUCAGAUGAAGACAAUGAAGAUUAUGAAGAUUGCGUAAAAAAUGAGGAUGAGGAGGACUCAGUUUCUGCUGACGUGGUUUCUUCUACAGAACAGAUUUUGGAGAAAGCAGAAGCAACAAACUCAAAGGUAGAAGCAGAUACAUCUGUGGCCUCAGGAGCAGGUGUAUCAGAAGCUUUAUCUGAAACAGAUGCCUCAGUGGAAAGCCAGUUUCUCCCUGCAGACAUGGAGCAGGGUGCAUGGAGGGGGGAACAGACGCCACACACCAAUGACACACUCACACACAUGACACUCGUAGACAACACAAAAAAACAUUCAGAGUCACAAGCCCCACCCACAGAAACAGAGGACAUGUUGACCUCACCUAAUGUCAUGACCUCUGAUGAAGGGCUGGGUGAUCAGAGCCUGAGCUCCACAAACACACCAUCAGACAAACCACCUGAGAAACAUUUAAACACUUUGACACACACUACUCCAUCAAAUGCAGAAGACCAUAAGUUAGAGAGCAGAAGCACACACGACACACACACACCAAUUACAGUCAAACCCUGCCUGGAGAGGACAGAGCCACUGGCUGCAAGUGCAUCUUUGGCCGUAGGUGAAGCCGGGGGCUCAGGUGGACGGCUAUCCAGUGAUGGGCUGCUCUAUGCCUGCCGUGAGAGGGCUGAGCAGCUGGAGGUGUGUCUGGAGAGAGCACAGGUCAGCCUAGAGAGGUCGAGACAGCAAGCACAGGAUGCAGCCAUGCAGCACUGCAUUGAACAACAGCUUCACAACUGCCAGACAAUCCUGGUGGAAAUUGAAGGGAAGAUCUCCAGUCUUCCUGUGUGUGGAUUAAAGGAACAGGAGCGACAUGAGGCUGAAUCGCUCAACACCAAACUCCAACUGCUGAAGAACAGACUGGUUACGGUCCAAUUACAGCUGCAAGAGAGACACGGCGAAGAUCAGGUGCAUGUUGAGCAUCAGCGGCCCCUGCGGGCCAGGAUGACACGCAGCAGCAGUGUCCAGGAAAUGUUGAGUUCUUCCAAAACCAAACUGUUCAGACAGAGCAGCCUUCAACAACAAAGGGAACUGAAGGAUGGUUUGAAUGAACAGAGGGAUCUAACUAAAGCUAUCGCAAUUCAAGGCAGCAGAGCUCGAGCACACAGCCAGAGUGCAGACGAACAUGCAGGCCCCUCGCCAGCAAAAGAGAAUGAAGACAAGAGACAGGAAGUAGAGUUAUCAGUCCACAGGAAGUGGACACACCUCUGCAGCAGAUUGGUCAAGACAGCAGAGACCGAGCAAGAUCAAGAUGGAGAUAAAGAUCAGGAUCCAUCUGAGAUCCUCGCUCCAUCUGUCUGUUUGUGGAGUGGAGCUGCUGUUUCUCUCUGUCUGCAGGAGAUUCAGUCCAACAUCUCACAACUUAAAGAACUGCAGAAGUCAGCAGAUACUCAGGAUCAUCAGUCUCUGGAUGAAGGUCUGUUUGAGGUGUUGAGUGGAGUGGAUCUCAAUCUCAGCUCUCUCACACAGACUCUCAUGUAUCAAUCAGCAACCUCAAACACUGACAUACUAAACCAACUACAACAGCUACAGGGUUUAUCUGCAGAGCUGACCUUCUUGGGUGCCAUAUUGACCUCCCAGGGGUCAGAGGUCAUAAAGCUGUUAGGUUCGGGUUCAGCGAUAUCAGAGACCUCCACUUGUUUUGACCUGCUGAUGCAGCGUGUAUGUGACAUUCAAAAGACUCUCGCUGAUAAACAGGAGCAGCUACAGGAACUAAUAAAACACACGACUCAGCUGCAGAAGAGAGUGAAAGACCUGCAUGACUCAGUACUAACUAACACGUCAAUCCUUCACCCUACAACUAACGGAGAAUCCCACCAUGACCUUCACACACAGCUGCAGGCCAUCACUGGAAGGAAACAGGAAGUGGAGCAGAGUGAGAGAGAGCUGGCAGAACUUAGAGAAGAGACAGAGAGUCGAGAUCAGCCCUCGUCCCUCACACAGCAGAUCAGCACACUGGAGGCAGUAUUGGACAGUGUUUGGAGUGAUCUAGAGCAGCGCUGUGGAGUUGUGCAGUGGGGUCUAGAUGAGCAGAAGAUGAGUGAAAAAAUCCUGAAGGGUCUGCAGAUGCUCCUGACUAUUGGAAGAGAGAAACUCACCUGCACCUCUCAGCUGGAGCUCAGGAAUCCAGCACAACUACAGACACACCUCAACAAACACACGGUGUUUUUCCUGUCUCUGGGUGCCCACCUGAGGAGAUUGCAGCAACUGAGUGUGCGGAUGCCAGACAGCGCCUCCUCUGGCUGGGAGACUGAAGUGCCUGAAGUGGAAAGUGAAGUAUCCAGUGUUCUGCAGCAGGCUCAGGCUAUCGGCACAGUGCUGCACUCAGCACUGCAGGUUUGCACUCAGUGGGAUGAAAAUCAUUCCUGGUUAGAAACGCUUCUGCAGAGGCUAGAGACUCAAGUUCCAGUAACACCUCUGCAGGACCAAACUGAGGAGCAGCUCAGCGAGAAUAUUUCUGUCCAUCAUAGUGUGUUGGCGGUUCUGGAGCAGAACAGACCUCGGAUCAGUCUGGUUCUGGAUGAGGGCUGCAGACAGCAGGAGCAGAUUUCUAGUAGUGAAAUAUAUAUAUACAUAUUGGGUGUGUCUACAGCCAGACUGGAGCAGCGAUUGGCUGCACUUCAGAGGAAGGUGGAGCAAGGGAUACACUCCACUCUCCAUCUUAAGAAGCUUUGGAACAGGUACCAAAGCGAUUCAGAGGCUUUGAAUGAGUGGAUGGGACGAGCCAGAGAAAGCCUCCAUACAUGGAGAGAUCACAUGACCACAGCUGAACAGGAAGUGGACACCCUCUCCCAUUUUCAGCACUUCACAGAGUUUGUGAAGGAGCUAGAGGUGAAAUCGGCCCUAAAGGCAUCAGUGAUCAGUUCUGGAUCUUUGAUCCUGUUGCUCGGUGAAAGAGAGCAGAACAUUGAGACACAGACCUACAAGCCAAGUGAAACUAGCAACUGCACAUCUGUAGAUAUCACCCUUCCUUCAGAAACCAAUGUUUCUUCUAUUCAAAACAUCUCCUCAGAAGAAACCCUUUCUAUAACAGAAGGAUCAGAUGCAAACAUCACAAAUGAAGGUGCUGUCUUUGAGGAACCAACCGCAUCUGCAUUUGAUUUAUCUGUAAAACAAGAGAUGGUUCUGUCACCAGUUCUCCUGACUCUGCAGUCCCAGCUGUCUCAAGUGGAACAAGACUGGGUGGAGAUACAGACACUCAUUCCUGCCAUCCAACAGGAACUGCAUCAGAGUGUAGUGGAGAGCCUGUCUCCUGAAGGACUGCUGGCUGAUGUGUGUGGCUGGAUUACAGGUGCUGAGAGCAGGUUACAGGCGGCUGAACGAGAGGAUCACAACACCUGUACUGCUGCAGUGUUCACACACCUGCUCAGAACAUAUCAGGGGAUGAAGAGAGAGAUGGCAUGUCAGCAGAUGUCUGUUGACUUUAUUAAUCAGUGUGAGCUGAAGCAGGUCAGUUUUGACUCUCACACCAGCAGGUACAAACACACUGCAUUUGCUGAAAACCUGGGACACGUCAAUCUGCGCUGGAAAACUCUACGGGUUCACCUGAACACACAGAUCCAACAUGCUGAAGAUCAGGUGAGGAUAUGUGCAGAGCGAGAUAGCAAACUACAAAUCCUGCAGCGCUGGGUCAAAGGUCAAAAACAAUGGAUGCGACUGGCUGAAAGACCCAUCAGUCGCUCAUUUGCUGAGAGGAGCCUGAAGGAUUGUGAAGAGCUGGGGGAAAAGUUGAAGUACAAAUUCGCAGAACUCGCUGAGCUGGGGAAGAGGACACUUACCGCUGAUGAAGAAGACAGGGAUAAAGACUUCCUCUCAAAAGUUCAUAAUCUUUCACAAUCUUUGACUGACCUCUCUCAACAGAGUACAGUCCUUGGGAAUACCUUGAAAGAGCUGUGUGAGGUGUGGGCUCAGUUUGAAAGUGGGAGGAGUCAGGCAAUUGUAAACACAAUGAGGAUCUGCCAAUCACUGGAGUACUGCCACGCCCCUCUGCCCUCCCUCUCUGCCCUCCAGAACAACAUUGAUAAGCUACAGGUCUUAAAAGCAGAGACAAAGGAGAUUGACAGCCAGUGGGAGGAUCUUACCAAGACAACAGCAAUUCUUAUUGGUGGAAUUAGUACAGACUCCACCCAGAUGUUAUUGGAGCACCUAGAAAAAGAAAAAGCAAGGUGGUCAGAGGUGAAGGAAAAGGUAACAAAGGCGUUGCAGAGAUCACACAGUCUUCUGAAAGUGUGGCAGAAAUACUCUGAUGUGAGACGCUCCUGUUCAGAGCAGCUCCAACAUCUCAAAGAGCAGCUCAACACGCAUACCAAAACACCCGCUGACAAUAAACAACUCACACACAGCAUCGCAGAGCUGAAGACUGUAUUACAGAAAUGCUCAGAGACUCUACAGACUGAUGUGAAUGAAAUGCUUGAAGUGUCUAAGGAUCUGAUUGAACAGAUGGAUGAUGAGGAUGCAGUUUUCAUCCGAUCAGAAUGCCGUUUGUUAACACGAGGUUACCUGCAGUUAGAACAAACUCUGAAAGGAAGAAUUGAACACAUGCAGGAGGAUCUUGAGCAAUUUCAUGAAUUUGAAAGGUUAUUCCAGUCCCUCGAAACACAAUUACAGCAGUGGGAAAGCAAGCAAAGGAUGGACAGUGAACUCACAGAUAUAUCUCAGUCGGGUCUGAUGGAGGUCAGUUCUCUCUCUCCUGAUCUGGAUCUACUAAACACUCUCAGCUACAGGCUGACCCUCAGUGACCCCAUGACACAGAGGCUGCAGCACCUCAACAGGAAGUGGGCACAGGCCUCCGCACAUGCUCAGGAGAAAUGCAGUGAGUUGCAGGCAGCCUCUCUCCUGCAGCAGAGCUUUGAGCAGAGAUGUGAGAGCUGGCUGGCUUUCCUACAGCACAUGGAGGACAGUUUGGCUGUAGAAAUUGCAUCAACUUACCCUGAACUAAGAGAACAACAACGAACACACCAGUGUUUUCAGGCUGAGUUGUCUUUAGGGCAUCAGAUCCUUCACUCUGUGAUCAGUGAAUCUCUCCUCUUGUUGCAGAAGGGAGAUGUGGAGGACAGGAGUGACUUCCUGUUAAAACUGGCACAGCUGAGAGAGCACUGGCAGGGAGCGGUGCAGAGAGCAUCUCAACGGCGCGCUCUAGUGGAAGGGCUUAUACAGCACUGGCUCCUUUAUACACACACAAUGCAGAAACUCCGCAAACUCCUCACACUCACACACACAAUCUUGUCGCCUGCCGGUCCCACAAACUGUAGUGUCCUGCAGUUGUGCCUCUUACUGGAAGAUCUGAAGCGAACAGAGCUGUUGUUUCAAAGGUCAGUCUCUGCGUAUCUGUGUGUGAUGGAGGUAGGCAGGCAGCUGUUCUCAGUGAGUGACACGCAGACGCAGAUGCAGCUGCAGACAGACCUGGCAGCCCUGCAGGAGGACUGGGAGCAAUGCCAGUGCAUGCUGGGAAAGAGAAAGACUCUCACAUCUGACAUCAUCAAGAAAUGGGAGACCUGUGAGACCAGGCUAGCUGAUCAGGCCCAGUGCCUGGAGGAGGUACGAGUCAGACUGAGGCAGUCGAUCCCAGAUCAGCAGGAGGAGAUGGAAGAGGAACGCCUCCUUGUGAAGGAGGUUCAGGAUUGUUUAGAGGGCUGGGCCGUCAGUCUUUCGGAGCUCAGCACCAUGAAGACAGACCUGUCCCAGUACAUCCUCACCGAUGACGUCCUCCUCCUGCAGGAGCAAGUGGACCAUCUGCACUGCCAGUGGGAAGAGCUCUGCCUCAAAGUUUCUCUGCGUAAGCAGGAGAUUGCUGAUCGGCUGAAUGCCUGGAUCAUUUUUAAUGAGAAGAAUCGGGAGCUGUGUGAAUGGCUGACACAGAUGGAAAACAAGGUGGCACACAGUGCUGAGCUGAGCAUCGAGGAGAUGGUGGAGAAACUCAAGAAGGACUGUAUGGAGGAGAUCAACCUCUUCAGUGAGAAUAAGACACAUCUGAAACAGCUGGGAGAACAACUCAUCACUGCUAGCAACAAGACCAAAGAGACAGAAAUCAAUGACAAGAUCAAGGACAUCAACGACCGCUGGCAGCAUCUGUUUGAUCACAUUGAGGCCAGGGUGAGGAAGCUGAAGGAGACACUGGUGACAGUGCAGCAGCUGGAUAAGAACAUGAGUAAUCUCCGUACCUGGCUUUCCCGUGUCGAGGGUGAGCUGGCCAAACCCAUCAUCUACAGCGUCUGCCACAGUGAUGAGAUACAGCGCAAACUAGCAGAGCAUCAGGACUUGCAGAGAGACAUCGAACAGCACACAGAGGGUGUGGCAUCUGUUCUGACCCUGUGUGAUGUUUUGCUGCAUGAUGCGGAUGCUUGUGGCAGCGAUGGAGAGAACGACUCCAUUCAGCAGACCACUCUCAGCCUGGACCGCCGCUGGAGGAACAUAUGUGCCAUGUCUAUGGAGAGGCGAAUGAGGAUUGAGGAGACAUGGCGUCUGUGGGGCAAGUUCCUAGAUGACUAUUCACGCUUCGAAGAGUGGCUGAGCACGGCAGAACGUACAGCAGCCAACCCUGCCACCAAAGAUGUACUCUACACCUGUGCUAAAGAGGAACUCAAAAAGUUUGAGGCAUUCCAGCGGCAGGUUCAUGAGCGCCUGACACAGCUGGAGCUGGUGAACAAACAAUACCGACGUCUGGCACGAGAGAACCGGACAGAUGGUGCCAGUAAGCUGAAGCUGAUGGUGCAUGAGGGAAACCAGCGCUGGGAUACGCUACAGAAGAGAGUGGCCGCUGUGCUCCGCAGGUUAAAGCACUUCACAUCCCAGCGUGAAGACUUUGAAGGAACAAGGGAGGGGAUUCUGGUCUGGCUGACUGAAAUGGACCUUCAGCUCACCAAUGUGGAGCAUUUUUCAGAGAGUGAUAUCCAUGAAAAGAUGCGUCAACUAAACGCAUUUCAGCAGGAGAUCACUCUAAACACAAAUAAGAUUGAUGCUCUGAUCGUAUUUGGAGAGAACCUGAUCCAGAAGAGUGCUCCACUGGACGCUGUACUCAUCGAAGAUGAACUAGAGGAGCUGCACUCUUACUGCCAGGAAGUGUUUGGCAGAGUCGCCCGAUUCCACCACCGUCUUAUCAGCAGACGCCCAGUGCUUGAGGAGGACCGAGAGUUCUCAGACAGAGACACAGAUCCGGAGGACUCAGCUAAUUUCAGUGGGGUGUGGGAGAGAGAACAGGAGGAGGAAGAGGAGGCUGCUAUGAGCUCUGAUGUUUCUCUGACAGUACGCCAGGCCGUAUCCCAGCUGUUGCCACCUGCUCUGGAGCGCUCAGGGCGUGAGACGCCCAUCAGUGUGGAUUCAAUCCCACUGGAGUGGGACCACACCGUCGAUGUGGGAGGAUCUUCAUCUCCAGAGGAUGAUGAGGAGUUGACGUUCUACAGCGCCCUAUCAGAUGUAGAAGUCACUGAGAGCUCUCAGUUAUUUUUUAAAGCUACAUCUAAAGCUCUGAAGACUGUGUCCGGAGGAAGGUCAGUGGUGGAGACGUGGCACUCUCCUGAUGCACCAGACAGGAAGCGAGCAAACAGAGAGAUUAUACGCAGUCUCACAUCCUCACCCACAGACACCAGCGCUCAGUAUCACCCACAGGCCUAUGAUAAACUCAUGUCUGAGUGUGCUGGCAGUAUAGACAGUAUAAAGCGAGUGAAACUGAUUCUGAGCGAGGAAGAACAACUGGACGAUCAGGGUUUGACGGUCCUCUCCGCAGCAGAUAAGACGGGUGUGAUCGAGCGAUGGGAGCUCCUGCAGGUGCAGUCGUGCAGCAUGCCGCAGGAUCUUCAGCAGUGGCACAAACUCAACUCUGACCUCUCUGAUGUCAUGGCAUGGCUGAACGCUGUGAUGCCUGAGCUAGAGAAACUUCAAACUCUACAGCCAAAAAUCACCAUCAGAGACAUGGAGAGCAAUAUCCACAAACUAAAGGACAUGCAGAGGACUUUUAACGGCUACAAAUCAGUGAUGAUUGGUGUUAAUCUCAGUGGACGGGGCUUCCAGCACGGAGACAGCACUGAGCUACGAGAACUGCGUGAGAGUCUGCAGUCAGCCAAUCAGAAAUGGGCACAGGCCUGUGUGGCCCUGGACAGCUGGGAACACCGACUGCAUCAAGCACUCAUGGAGUGUCAGGAGUUUCACGAGACUCUUCACUCUCUGCUGCUGUGGUUAGCUAAAGCAGAAAGCCAGCGCUACAUGGUCAACAUCCAUGACCAAAACACAGACCUCAACAUCCUGCAAGAGCAUCAAGACACACUUAAGGCUGUUCAGCAGGACUUACGGUCUCGUGAGAGGGAGGUGUUCUGCCUGCAGGAGAUCUCCUCACAGAUCCUGCUACAGGACCAUGGAGAAGACACCCUGGAGGCCAAAGAGAAGGUUCACGUCAUCAGCAACAAGUUACGACUGCUGAUCAGACAAAUCGCACAUGACUUGCACACACUGCAAAGCAGACUGGACUCUUCAGGUCUAGAUGUGGGCAGGACAGCACCAACACAACACCAGGAAGCCGCAGGAGUUGUUACACAGGGAUCGCCCGCGAGUGACAGGGCUGACAUGUCUAAUUCGUCCCCAGCGAGGCCGUUCCUAUAUCGUGUCCUGCGAGCGGCUUUCCCCCUCCACAUCCUCUUCCUGCUGCUGCUGGUUGUGGCAUGUCUGGUGCCUCUCUCAGAGGACGACUACAGCUGCACUCUCUCCAACAACUUUGCCCGAUCCUUUUACCCCAUGCUCCUCUACACCAACGGACCCCCACCCACAUGAAAAUUACCACACGUACCCUUCACUAACACACGGCCACAGCUGAAUCACUAGAGGAAAUAGGAUGUAGUCCAAGCCUCCUGGUUAACUCUCCUGAAGCAGAUCCUGUAGCUAUGUUUAAUCUGAGUGAAAGCCCUUGUGUUUGAGAUUCAAUAGAUUUUCCUGCAACAAUCAAAUCCUGUUCCUGGAUCUGAAGUCUGUUACACAGAGGGAGAGGGAUUUUUCUCAAGCAAUCCGAACCUUCUCUUCAGGAACCUUUCCUCAUGAUGUAUAUCUUAGAGAAUGACAAGGAUUCCUCAUCAAAGGUGCACUCAUUUUCUAACUGUAUAGUAUGUAGCAGCACAUCCAUUGAAACAUUGAAAUACUCCUUCACACAAAUGCAUUUAUUUUUUAAAUAUGAAUGAUAUGUAAUUGAACCUAUAGCUCACUCAUAGGCUUGGAGUUGGCCUGUAUUUUUUAACUAGAAGCCCUGUUUAUAUGUCUGAGUGACGGGACUUGCUUAAAUAUCAGUUAUGUUCAUACAGUGUCAAAUUACUUGCAAUGAUGAAUAUGUUUUAUUUGUAGCUCUCUUAGCUGCCAUUUCUUGGUCAAAGCCAUGGAGGAGAGACACAGAGAGGCAUCAGGGUGUGUGCAAAUGUAAUAGUCUUUUAAUUUAUUCAGCCUAAAGUUUGGUGGCUGUGUUGAUUUCGUAUGUGUGAAUAUUGUAAAACUACUGAAAUUAUUUAAUUAUAAUUGGUAAAUGAUCUCAGUGGAGAUAUAAAUUAUAUCUGAUUAUGUUUUAUAGAUUAUAACUAGAAUUUUUCUGGCAGGAAAGUCUGGUGUCCAGAUGUGUUUGUGUCUGGUGUGUUUUUUGCUGAAUGGUUAAGGUGUUUCAUGGAAACACAUUUCAGAAGUAUCCACAUGAUUGUAUGUGGCUUUUUUAACCUACAGAAAGUCAGUUAUGAUGAUAAUAAUAUAGUGAAAAGGCCAUUAGCCACUCUUUCACUCGUACUAACUGCCAAAGUGUCAGAGACUUUGUUUUAUAAUUCAUUACGGUUACUAAAAGAGUGCUGUUUGUCCUGUUGUUUGUUUAAUGUUUUUAAUUGAAUUGUUAUAGUAUGGAUUACA